AUGGGGGGCAGCCUGCGGGUGGCUGUGCUGGGUGCCCCGGGCGUGGGCAAGACGGCCAUCAUCCGCCAGUUUCUGUUCGGUGAUUACCCGGAACGUCACCGGCCCACGGACGGGCCACGCCUCUACCGGCCCGCCGUGCUGCUCGACGGCGCGGUCUACGACCUGAGCAUCCGCGACGGCGACGGCGCUCCUCCGGGUCAGAACCCCGGGGGUCCAGAGGAGUGGCCAGACUCCAAGGACUGGAGCUUGCAGGACACGGAUGCCUUCGUGCUCGUCUAUGAUAUCUGCAGCCCGGACAGUUUUGAUUACGUGAAGGCGCUACGGCAACGCAUCUCGGAGACCAGACCGGCGGGCGCACCCGAGGCUCCCAUCCUCGUGGUAGGCAACAAGCGGGACAGGCAGCGGCUGCGCUUCGGGCCUCGGCGCGCGCUGGCCGCCCUGGUGCGCAGGGGCUGGCGCUGUGGCUACCUCGAGUGCUCCGCCAAGUACAAUUGGCACGUGCUGCGUCUUUUCCGCGAGCUGCUGCGUUGCGCUUUGGUGCGUGCACGCCCUGCACACCCGGCCCUACGCCUGCAGGGGGCGCUGCAUCCAGCGCGCUGCAGCCUCAUGUGAUUGAACUGGACGUCGACGCCGAAGGUUGGGGGCAGGGUGGUUUGAUUGGAACAACCGGGUACCCGGAUUGGACGAAAUUGCCCAACUUCUCUCGGAUUGGACAGGACAAGGUCUCCUCCCUGAUUGGACGAGGAAACCUCCCACUCAGUCUCCGGGUGACAGGACUUUGAGCUGCAUUGGACCCUGCCAGGCCCCCAAGCCACUGGGCUCCAGCAGUCUUUUCUGGGACCUCAUUGGGUUACAGUCCCAUUGGGUAGAAGGGACUUGGCUGUGGAUCUGAUUGGAAGCGCUCAGGUUGCUCCUGCAGUUCCACUGGACAGACUAUAAAAUCACACCUCUCAGGAGGUAAUAAAGGGGAAAAUGAUGGAA